AUGCAUAUUUUGUGUACGAUAUGCAGUGAUCUCGUAAAUCAAGCUGAGAAUAUAUUUGUGACUAAAUGUGGUCAUAUAUUUCACCACCAUUGCUUGGUACAAUGGAUUGAAAGAUCAAAAACCUGUCCACAAUGCAGGAACAAAGUGACGGACAAAUGUAUGUUCCGUUUAUUCCCAACUAUAUCUAAUGAGAAUAACAGUGAAGACGCAGCCACUUUACAGUCCAGGUUAGACGAUGCCCAGCUGCAGCUGCGGCAACAACGGUCCAAGUUUAAGGAGAAGGAGGAUAAAGUAGUCAUUCUUACGGCGGACUUGAAGAGACAAGAUGAUCUUCUAAAAUCAUAUGAGAAGCGGCUGGUUAGCUUUGACUCCAAGGUGCUGGCUCUCAGGGAACAGCUGGAAAUAUUAAGCGUACAGAACAGAGAACUGCAUAAAGUGAAAGAAGAAAAUUUAAACUUGACGAAGAACAUGCAAACACUUAAUGGUCUACAACGAGUGUUAAAUGCAACGAGUGAUGAUGUAGAACAGAUGUUGCACAGCUACACUGAUGUCAAAACUAUUGCUACAUUCGCCACGGCUCUUAAAAGAGCUCUAUGUGACUCUGAGACAAAGAAGAAUGAGACUCGAGACAGGCUGCACAUGGCCAAACAGCAGCUUGCUUUGGAGAAGAAGACUGUUGCUGAUCUGCAGAACCAAGUCGUAAAACUAGAAGACGACCUGCACCAAGCUCAAAACAGAUAUGACUCACUGAACAGUAAAUAUGAAACACUGAAAAAUGAAAAGGAAAUGACAGAUUUGAAUAAUCAGUUGAUAAAGAAGACGGCGGAUGUAAUAGAGGUGCCACAAUCCCCUCUCCAAUCACUCAAUGACGCCAUCUUGGAAACUCCCAGCAAUAAUACUAGCUUUAACACACUGGUCCAUGAUAUAGAAAACUCAGACUCUCCCUACUUAAAUUUGAAGCAGGGCAGCUUAUUCUCUGUGGCAGUAUUACAACGACAACCAUUAAAACUUUCUGAAAAAGUCAAGCCAUCAGAAAACCUCUACCUCAAUUCCAUAAAGAACGCAACAAUGAAACGCUUGGGAGAAAAAUCAAAUUCACUCAGCUCAAAACACAGCAUCUUUCAUAAAAAGGAGCCGAUGAAGAUUGAAUCCCUUGACAACAAAGUUGGUGGCAGUUUGGACAUAUCCUAUGAUGGUUUAGGGGGCCACUCAAAGCUAGACACAUUCCCAGUCCCUAACAGGACCCCAGUCAAAAGCUGUAUCCCCAAAUUGUCCGCUAAACACAAACUCAAACGCCCCAAUCCAACUGGUAGCCAGGAUAUCGAAAAAAUGCUCAAAAAAAUUAAAAAAUAA